AUGCAAACCGAUCCCACCCUGAACCCCCGCAUCGUCAUCGCCACCCCCGCCCCCAACCCCCCAAAGGUUGACGUGGACCCGGCCAGCACCCGCCUGCAGCUGCUGGAGCCCUUCAAGCCCUGGGACGGCAAGGACAUUGAGGGCGCGGCCGUGCUCAUCAAGGUCAACAGCGUGGUCAAUGUGGACACCGGCAAGGAGGACGCAGUGCCCGCCACCGCGCGCGCCUACAAGGCCGCCGGCACACCCUGGGUUGUGGUGGGGGACGAGAACUACGGCGAGGGCAGCAGCCGCGAGCACGCCGCUCUGGAGCCGCGCCACCUUGGCGGCGUGGCGGUGAUUGUGAAGAGCUUUGCGCGCAUCCACGAGACCAACCUCAAGAAGCAGGGCAUGCUGCCGCUGACCUUUGCUGACCCGGCGGACUACGACAAGAUCGCCCCCACUGACCGUAUCGCCAUCAAGGGCCUCACAACGUUCGCGCCCGGCAAGCCCCUCACGCUCGAGGGCACCCGCACCGACGGCAGCAAGUACUCCUUCCCGGUCAACCAGACCUUCAACGCCAACCAGAUCGCCUGGUUCAAGGCUGGCAGCGCGCUCAACGCCAUGGCGGCCGCGUUCGCCAAGUGA